AUGCUUCAGCUACUGUCACGGCGAUCCGUUUCUCGCACGGAUCCAUUAACAUGGAGCCAUGUACGCAAAGAGCUCCUCUUUGCUACAAUCAUCCUAGGUUCCUGUGCAACCGGCUCUCUGGGUCCUCUACUGGUGCCCGGCUUCGCGGUUGUCGCUGCUGAUCUCCAGGUCGACCUGACCAGCGUGACUCUACUGAACGGGAGCCUAGUCAUGGCCCUGGGAAUCAGUGCCUACGUUUGUUCUGCCUUCGCUCACUGCUUCGGCAGGCGCCCCGUAUACCUCUUUACCACCCUCUUGGCGCUCAUCUCCUGCUGCUGGGCUGAAGCAUCCAAGACUUACUCCUCGCUCAUUGCAUCCCGGGUCUUCCAAGGUCUGGGAAUGGGCAGCUUCUUCGCCCUCGCCGGCACAGCCUCGAUCAACGACGUCUUCGCGGUGCACGAGCGCGGCCGGCGCGUCGGCCUCUGGAACUUCGCUGUGAUCGUCUCGGUCAACCUCACCCCGGUGAUUAGCGGGUAUGUCAUUUCAGCACUCUCCUGGCGUUGGGCAUUUCGACUUGAAGCCAUCCUCUUCGGCGUUCUGUUUGUUGCCGUGCUCUUCUUCUUCCCGGAAACCACCUUCCACCGCGAUACCACGACCACAGAAACAACCAAGGUAGUUUCAGACAACUUAGAAGCAGAAAAGGCCCAAGCUGUCUCUCUCCAAUCCCCGAUAAUGGAGGUCGAGGAUGAGAGACACCCUUCCCUCCUACGCGCCCUCAUCGAGCCCUUCGGUCUGGUCCUCGACCCUAUCAUCUUCACCGCGCCUCCCUGGUCCAUGUCUACCGUCGCUGUUGGCAAUCUCACCGGCAUUGCGCCACUUAUCGGGUCCGCCCUCGGCACUGUGAUCGGUGGCUGGGCCUGCGACCUCAGCAGCAAGCUCAUGGCAUCCCGCAAUGGAGGCGUCUACGAGCCUGAGUAUAGACUGCUUGUCAUACUCCCGGCGACGAUGGCCAUGGCUGCAGGUUCCUUUGGGCUGGGCGCCGCAACGGCGCAGGGACUCUCCGCUGUCGUGUGCGGGCUGUUCAUGGGGAUUGUGAACUUUGCUGUGGGAAUGGGGUGUACGGGGAUUGUGGCGUAUACGAAUGAUGUUUUGGGGGAGCGGGCAGGGGAGGGAUUUGGGUUGGCGAUGGUGGCCAAGAGCGCGUUUGCGUUUGGACUCUCGUUUGUGUUCAAUGAUUUCGUGACGGAGAAGGGGGUGUUGGUUUUCUUCUCGACGUUUGGAGCUGUUAGUGUUGGGGUUAUGCUUACGACUUUACCAUUGUUCUUUUGGGGAAAGCGGUUGAGGCAGAGGAAGUGA